AUGCGAUCGCAAGGCCUCAUGCAGCGCAGCAUCGUCGUCCAAACGACGAUCCGCAAGCACAUGCAUGCUGAGCACGCGUUCAACGCCAAGACCAAGGACGGCAGCAUUCCGCUCGUGCUCGUACCAAAGUACCCGCACCUUCUCGACGUCUUUGUCCAUAUUCCUUCCGGCAUGUGGGUCCUCUACCAAAAAUGGAACGCGCACGCGGGGAUACUCGAGCCAGGUCUCAAGAUGUUUUGGCCCGCGUACUACCGCGUCUCGCACAUCAUCACCAAGCACGCGGUCACGUACUCGGCGCCGGUCCAGCGCUGCGCGACGUCCGACAACGUCAUGAUCGACAUUGACAUCUCGAUCAAUUUUCAAGUGGGCCCGACCGCCGACGACGCCGUCAAGUUUGUGUACAUGCUCGGUGCGCAGCGCUUUAACGAGCUCAUCUCGCAGAUCACCGAGGAGGCGAUCCGCGGCCUUGUGCACUCGGUACGCCACGACCAAGUCCACGACCUCCGCGAAGAGUUUGCGAGCGGCAUGAAGAAGGACCUGAACCAAAAGGUCGGCGCCUACGGCGUCAUUGUGCACAACGUCAAGGUGACCAACGUCGAGCUGCCGGACAAGCUCUCGAAAACGCUCGAGCACACGACGGCGUUCAAGACCAAGAUGGAGGAGCAAGAGAAGAAGCAAGAGAACGACAUGCGCAUUCUAAUCAACGAAGAGACGCAGCUUCUGACCGCGAUUCAGAAAGAGAACGACCGCAAGGUCAAGGACCUCGUCGCCCUCCAAGAGCGCGAACUCAUUCGCCGCCAAAAGCUCCGGUUCGAUGCCGAAGCCAAGAUGGAGGUGCUCUGCAUCGACCAGCGCUCGAUCUGCGAGGCCAAAGUGCUUCGCGCGGCAGGCCAAAAGGACAUUGCGGCGGCCGCGGCGUCGGCCAUGGCCACCAAGCUGCGCAACGACGCGAUGGUGACGCUCGUCAAGACGCAGCGAGAGUACGAGCAGACUGUCAAGGCCGAGGACGUCAAGCAGGAGGCGCGGAUCGACGCCGCCUUGAAAGCCGCCGAAGGCUUGCGCGCUGCGGCCAACACCGAGGGCAAGGCAGCGCCGCUCCUGGCCGCCAAGCGCACCUUCGACUACGCAACCAAGAAGAACCAAGUGGAAGUCGACCUCGUCCGGAAGACGAAGAUCGUUCUCUCGGGUGAGAGUGGCCAAGCACUCCUCGACCGGCUCUGCGCCAGCGACCAAGUCGCUGCCUAG